GUUUGGUCUAGGGCACCGACUCUCGGAGUCUAUAAAAGGGCUGGUGUUGUGGUUUUCUUGUUCCACCUCUUUUCAUUCUUCACGCGGCGGCGAAACCGGAGAGGGAGGAAGAUCGUGAUGGGUCGAAGGCCUGCUCGCUGCUACAGGCAGAUCAAGAACAAGCCUUAUCCCAAGUCUAGGUACUGUCGUGGUGUUCCUGACCCGAAGAUUAGGAUCUAUGAUGUGGGUAUGAAGAAGAGGGGCGUGGAUGAGUUCCCAUUCUGCGUCCACCUAGUGAGUUGGGAGAAGGAAAAUGUGUCAAGUGAAGCACUUGAGGCUGCUCGCAUCGCUUGCAACAAGUACAUGACCAAAUCUGCUGGAAAGGAUGCCUUCCAUCUUCGUGUGAGGGUCCAUCCUUUCCAUGUUCUUCGGAUCAAUAAAAUGUUGUCAUGUGCUGGAGCUGAUAGGCUCCAGACUGGUAUGAGGGGUGCCUUUGGAAAGCCUCAGGGAACUUGUGCAAGGGUGGAUAUUGGGCAGGUCUUGUUGUCAGUGAGGUGCAAGGACAACAAUGGUGUUCAUGCACAAGAAGCUCUUAGGAGGGCUAAGUUCAAAUUCCCUGGCAGGCAGAAGAUCAUUGUGAGCAGGAAGUGGGGCUUUACAAAGUUCAGCAGAGCUGAUUAUGUCAGGUGGAAGGAAGAAGGUCGAAUUGUUUCGGAUGGAGUUAACGCUAAGCUUUUGGGAUGCCAUGGACCUCUGGCCAAUCGACAACCCGGCAAAGCCUUCAUGACUGCAGUCUCGUCCUCAGCUUAGAAAAGCUAGUUUUCUAUUGGUUUUCUGCAUAAACUCUUGUUUUUGUUUAUUCAAGACUUGUCUAUUUGGUUUAUGAAUUUGAUGGUACUGUUUGUUUUUGAUACAUAUUCCUUCCAGACUUGUGGAAUUAUGUUUUUAUUUAAUAUCAUUUUGCCAUGAACGUCAAUGCUAUAUGGGAUUGUUUGCUUGAA